GCGCUGCCGUUAAGUGGUGGCGUCCGCUCCGGGCGCCUGAAGGAGACUUGGGGGCACCUGGGACGCGCUCCUGGGGUUGUUGGGAGUCGCCGUUGCCGCCGCUGCCAGCACUCCAUGAGGAAGAUGCUCGCCGCCGUCUCCCGCGUGUUGUCGGGCGUUGCCCAGAAGCCGGCAAGCAGAGUGCUGGUGGCAUCCCGUAAUUUUGCAAAUGAUGCUACAUUUGAAAUUAAGAAAUGUGAUCUUCACCGGCUGGAAGAGGGCCCUCCUGUCACUACGGUGCUUACCAGGGAGGAUGGGCUCAAAUACUACAGGAUGAUGCAGACUGUUCGCCGAAUGGAGUUAAAAGCAGAUCAGCUGUAUAAGCAGAAAAUUAUUCGUGGUUUCUGUCACUUGUGUGAUGGCCAGGAAGCUUGUUGUGUGGGCCUGGAGGCCGGCAUAAACCCCACAGACCAUUUGAUCACAGCGUACCGGGCUCAUGGCUUUACCUUUACUCGUGGGCUUUCUGUCCGAGAAAUUCUUGCAGAGCUUACAGGACGAAGAGGAGGUUGUGCUAAGGGAAAAGGAGGAUCGAUGCAUAUGUAUGCCAAGAACUUCUACGGGGGCAAUGGCAUUGUGGGAGCUCAGGUGCCCUUGGGAGCCGGGAUUGCUCUGGCCUGUAAGUAUAACGGAAAAGAUGAGGUCUGUUUGACUUUGUAUGGCGAUGGUGCUGCUAAUCAGGGUCAGAUAUUCGAAGCUUACAAUAUGGCGGCUUUGUGGAAAUUGCCUUGUAUUUUCAUCUGUGAGAAUAACCGCUAUGGGAUGGGAACAUCUGUGGAGAGAGCAGCAGCCAGCACUGAUUACUACAAGAGAGGUGACUUCAUUCCUGGGCUGAGGGUAGAUGGAAUGGAUAUCCUGUGUGUCCGGGAGGCCACAAGGUUUGCAGCUGCCUAUUGUAGAUCUGGAAAGGGGCCCAUACUGAUGGAGCUGCAGACUUACCGUUACCAUGGGCACAGCAUGAGUGAUCCUGGAGUCAGUUACCGUACACGAGAAGAAAUCCAGGAAGUUAGAAGUAAGAGUGACCCUAUCAUGCUUCUCAAGGAUAGGAUGGUGAACAGCAAUCUUGCCAGUGUUGAAGAACUAAAGGAAAUCGAUGUUGAAGUGAGGAAAGAAAUAGAGGAUGCUGCCCAGUUUGCUACAGCUGAUCCUGAACCACCUUUGGAAGAACUCGGCUAUCACAUCUACUGCAAUGAUCCACCUUUUGAUGUCCGGGGUGCAAACCAGUGGAUCAAGUUUAAGUCCAUCAGUUAACGUGAGAUGGUUACACCUUCUGGGGGUUAUUUGGCAGCAACUGUAAGGGAUGCUUUGUGUUCUCAAAUUUGUUAGGGAAUAAAUUUGGCAGCAACUGUAAGGGAUGCUUUGUGUUCUCAAAUUUGUUAAGGAAUAAAAACCCAUAGAAAGAAAGUGUGUAGUUUUAGAUAGUAUAAUUGCAUGUGGUUUGUACAGUGUUGCAUUAAAAGAUGUUAUUGCACACUUAAGUAUUAGUAUUGAUCGUAUACAGGUUGUUUUAGUUAUAUAGGUGUAAAAUAGGUAAUAGAGUUUACUUAACCCUCCCAAUUAUUUCUUUAAAAUAGUUCUAUUUGAUUUAGUCAUAUACUAGUUUAACAAAUGCUUUUUUAGUUACUAAAAGGAGAAACAAUUCCUUAUAAGCCUGUCCAACUCUGCCACCUUUUGGGGGGGGGGGGUCAUUGUCCUGUCCCUCCCAGUGCCCAACAGCUUACCUAGUGUACCCUAACGUGCACACACACCCCUGUUUGUGUGCAUGUCGGUGCUGAACCAUCGUUUCUCCUUAAUAAAACACAUGUCUCCUUAAUAAAACAAUAUUUAUUAUAACCAGGCCAAAUAACUUAGUUUUCUCCAUUUAUAUAUUCAACAUAAAUAUGAAGCUAUUUUCUUAAUAGUUUUCUAUUUACAUUCAUAUCAAACAUUAAAUACAAGGCAUAUGCUAUCUUUUUUGAAUUUUAAGUGCAAUUCCAGUUAACAGUAAUGUAUGGAAUGUAUAAUAUUAAAACUGAGUCCCAGCCUUUUUGUUAUUUUAAACACCUGUUUCACCUUUCCAGCAAAUAUUUUUUCAUUCACAUAAAUUACAGUUCCUUUCUGAGGAGUCCGUAAUACUCUGGGAUGUCAAGACCAGGUUUUAUAAUCACUGUUUUCACAGUAC